CUCUCUCUCUGUCCCGCGGAGUCCCCGAGAGAUCGAUCACCACCUUUGACCCUUCCUUGUACUACCUAUGGCGUCUGCUAGCUUCGUCAAGCCUAACACCCUCUCUUCUCCAUGGAUCGGCCAACGCUCCUUUGCUCACACCUCUGCUUCUCCUCCUCGAGUCUCCUUCGCGAUCCGCGCCGGUGCUUACUCCGACGAGCUUGUUAAAACCGCCAAAAGCGUGGCAUCCCCUGGGAGAGGUAUCUUGGCGAUCGAUGAGUCAAAUGCGACCUGUGGGAAGAGGCUCGCUUCUAUCGGCUUGGAUAACACUGAGGACAACCGUCAGGCCUACAGGCAACUUCUGCUUACCACUCCUGGCCUCGGCGAUUACAUCUCUGGUGCCAUCCUCUUCGAGGAGACUCUUUACCAGUCCACCAAGGACGGCAAGACCUUUGUCGAUUGCUUGCGCGAUGCCAACAUCGUCCCUGGCAUCAAAGUUGACAAGGGCUUGUCUCCCCUGCCUGGCUCCAACGACGAGUCUUGGUGCCAAGGCUUGGAUGGAUUGGGCUCACGCUCUGCUGAGUACUACAAGCAAGGCGCUCGUUUUGCCAAAUGGAGGACAGUUGUGAGUGUUCCUUGCGGUCCUUCAGCACUGGCUGUGAAGGAAGCUGCGUGGGGCCUGGCUCGCUAUGCAGCCAUCUCUCAGGAGAAUGGUCUUGUGCCCAUUGUGGAGCCAGAGAUCCUUCUGGACGGGGACCACCCCAUUGAGAGGACUCUGGAGGUGGCAGAGAAAGUGUGGUCUGAGGUGUUCUUCUACUUGGCCCAGAACAACGUCAUGUUUGAGGGCAUUCUGUUGAAGCCGAGCAUGGUCACCCCAGGUGCUGAGCACAAGAACAAGGCCUCUCCCGAGACCGUUGCAGAGUUCACGCUCACCAUGCUCAAAAGGAGGGUUCCUCCGGCUGUCCCAGGAAUCAUGUUUCUGUCAGGAGGACAAUCGGAGGCAGAGGCCACACUGAACCUGAACGCCAUGAACCAGAGCCCAAACCCAUGGCAUGUGUCCUUCUCCUACGCACGUGCCCUGCAGAACUCCGUGCUGAGGACGUGGCAAGGCAAGCCGGAGAAGAUUGAGGCCUCGCAGAAGGCACUGUUGGUGAGGGCAAAGGCUAACUCACUGGCCCAGCUCGGCAAAUACUCAGCAGAGGGCGAGAACGAGGAUGCCAAGAAAGGGAUGUUUGUCAAGGGUUACACCUACUGAUUGUUAAAUUUGGUCCCAUUUCAAAGAUCGUAAUAAGGACCCUUGUUGUCU